GCACCCAGGGUCACACUUGUGUGUGUUCAGCUGACCUGUCUGCUGCUUCUUUCCCUGAUGAUUAGUCUGCAGGAACUUUGUGCUGGGCUGCCCCUCCACCCCCUACCCUCAAACCAGGGGAGGGAUAAUGGGGUACCCCACGCUCCCAUCCGCACACCCCAGCUGUCGGCCCAGGAAGAGAAGCUUGCCCUGGAGAAUGCCUUGCGAUAUUUCCCCCCGGAACAUCAUGGGAUUUUGGCUCCGGAAUUUGUGGAUGAGCUGCGGAAUUAUGGACACAUCUACAUGUACCGCUUCUGUCCCAAUAUCCACAUGAGGGCGUAUCCGAUUUCGAAGUAUCCGUGCAAAAUAAAUCAUGCAGCGGCUGUAAUGCACAUGAUCAUGAAUAAUCUGGAUCCAGCCGUAGCUCAGUUUCCCCAGGAACUGGUGACCUAUGGAGGGAACGGGCAGGUCUUCAGCAACUGGGCCCAGUUCUGGCUUGUGAUGUAUUACCUGGCUGAGAUGACGGAAGAUCAGACUCUGGUGAUGUACAGCGGACAUCCUCUGGGCCUCUUUCCCAGUCACCCCAGAGCUCCACGGCUCAUCAUCACCAACGGGAUGGUGAUUCCAAACUACUCCUCCAGGAAAGACUACAACAGGAUGUUCGCGUUGGGUGUGACAAUGUACGGACAAAUGACUGCAGGGAGCUAUUGUUACAUUGGCCCGCAGGGUAUUGUGCAUGGUACAGUGUUGACCGUGUUGAAUGCUGGACGCCGUUACCUUGGCUUGGAGGACCUGGCUGGGAAGGUGUUUGUCACGUCUGGUCUCGGAGGGAUGAGCGGCGCUCAGGCGAAGGCGGCCACCAUCGUUGGCUGUGUAGGAGUCAUUGCAGAGGUUGAUGAAAAUGCGUUGUUAAAGCGUCACAAGCAGGGUUGGCUGAUGGAGAUUACAAACUCGCUGGAUGAGUGUAUUCAGAGGAUCCGAAAAGCACGAAAGAAUAAAGAAACCCUAAGCCUGGGAUAUCAUGGGAACGUUGUGGACCUCUGGGAGAGGUUUGUGGAAGAGUAUGAGAAGACGGGCGAGUUGCUGGUAGACCUGGGAUCUGACCAAACCUCCUGCCACAACCCAUUCAGCGGCGGAUAUUACCCGGUACAGCUUCCUUUCCAGGAAGCCAACCAGAUGCUUUCCACUGACCCUCAGACCUUCCACCAGCAUGUACAGGAGAGCCUAAGAAGGCAGGUAGCGGCGAUCAACAAGCUAUCGGAAAACGGAAUGUUCUUCUGGGAUUACGGAAAUGCAUUUCUGUUGGAGGCUAAGAGAGCAGGUGCUGAUGUGGAGCAAAAAGGAGGAAACGGUGCAGAAUUCAGAUACCCGUCCUAUGUCCAGCAUAUAAUGGGAGACAUCUUUUCUCUGGGAUUCGGGCCAUUCCGAUGGGUGUGUACAUCCACUGAGCCAUCCGACCUCGCUGCCACGGAUGAAAUCGCAGCCACUGUACUAGAGGACAUUAUCUCCCGGGGAGUCAGUGAUUCCGUCCGGAAGCAAUAUGGAGACAAUAUUCGAUGGAUCCGGGAAGCUGGAAAACAUCAACUAGUUGUUGGCUCUCAAGCAAGAAUUUUGUAUUCUGACCAGAAAGGGAGGAUUGCCAUCGCUGUCGCCAUAAACAACGCUGUAGCGACUGGCCAGGUCCAGGCUCCAGUGGUUAUCAGUCGGGAUCACCAUGAUGUGAGUGGGACAGACAGUCCAUACAGAGAAACUUCCAAUAUAUAUGACGGCUCCGCCUUCUGCGCAGAUAUGGCUGUUCAGAAUUUUGUGGGAGAUUCCUUCCGUGGAGCCACAUGGGUAGCCCUACAUAAUGGAGGCGGCGUCGGCUGGGGCGAGGUCAUUAAUGGAGGUUUUGGCUUGGUGCUAGAUGGAUCCCCAGAGGCCGAGCACAAUGCUAAAAUGAUGCUGAGCUGGGAUGUGUCCAAUGGGGUGGCAAGGCGUUGCUGGUCAGGUAACAAAAAUGCCUAUGACACCAUCAUCGAAACCAUGGAGGAGAAUCGUAAACUGAGAGUGACUCUUCCAUACACUGUGAAAGAUCCGAGUGUCCUGGAGAAGGCUCUGGCUCAACCUUGAUCUCCUCCUUGCUGCCGAUCGCUCGCAUCUCAACUGACCAAUGAAUCGAUUGCUUGCACCUCUGGCUCCUUCCCACCUGCACACGUCCAAUUGUCCUGAUGUGCAAUCCGCAUUUUCACUCUUUUGUAAUCUGAUAGAGCAACGCCCAAUAGUCCUUCUUUUUUGUAUGUCGGACGUUGAGAUUAGAACCGGGCCAUUCUCUUCUACACCAACUUCACCUGAAUAAAAAAAUCUUUUAUUGCA